AUGUCGAUCAACAAGACUUGGAUUAAUAAUUCAAAUAAAUUUCCUGAUGAGUAUGUUGCUGGAGCGUUUGCAUUUGUUGAGAGAGCUCAACAAUUUGUGGAUACAAGGGGACUAGUGAAGUGUCCUUGUAACAAGUGUCUUAAUAUCGAAUUGCAAACGAUUGGUGUGCUAGAAAGUCAUCUUUUUGAGAAUGGUUUUCUACGAAGUUAUACAAAUUGGUAUUGGCAUGGAGAGGAGGAAAUAAUACCGACCAAUAGAGUAGUCCACCAAUGUCACGAGGACGAGAUGAUGGAUGUUCUUAAUGAUAUAGCACAACCUAACAAUUGUGAAGAUGAUGAGAAUGAGGUUGAUGAUGAGAUACCACCAGCAUCAGAAUGCAGAGGUACUAGCCAAUACUAUAAUGACUUAUUUGCCGAGAUGGAGUCUCCGUUAUUCCCAGGGUGUGAAAAAUACACAUCUUUGAAUUUCGUAGCUAAGUUGAUGCAUUUCAAAGUGUUGGGGAAAAUUCCUAACAAAAUUUUUGAUGGAAUCUUGGAGUUGUUAGAAGAUGCAUUCCCAUCUCCAAAUAAGAUACCAAAGUCACAUUAUGCGGCGAAGAGGUUGAUGAGGAAAUUGGGUUUGGGUUACGAGUCAAUCCAUGUUUGUAAGCAUGAUUGUGCAUUGUUUUGGAAGGAAAAUGCUGGAAAACACAAGUGUCCAAUUUGUGGGGAGGAUCGUUGGGUGGAUAAAAAUACCAAGGGGAAGAAAGUGCCCCAAAAAGUUAUGCGUUAUUUUCCAUUGACCCCUCGGUUGAUGCGAAAAUAUGCAUCAAGGCACAUUUCUCAACAUAUGAGAUGGCAUCAUGAAGGGCGUGUUAAAGAAGAUGGUAUCAUGCGUCAUCCUGCAGAUGGGAAAGCAUGGAAGGAUUUUGAUCGUAGCAAUCCAGCGUUUGCAAUGGAACCUAGGAAUGUGCGCCUUGGAUUGGCUGCUGAUGGAUUCAAUCCUUUUGGAAAUAUGAGUUUGUCUUAUAGCAUGUGGCCGGUUGUGUUAACGACUUACAACUUGCCACCGUGGUUAUGCAUGAAAGAGACUAACUUUAUGUUGACUUUAUUAAUUCCUGGUCCACAUUCACCUGGAAAAGAUUUUGAUGUUUUCUUAAGGCCAUUGGUUGAUGAGUUGAAGGAAUUAUGGGUGAACGGUGUUCAGACUCGGGAUGUUGUUGAUGGUAGUUUUUUUAAGCUUCGAGCAGUUUUAUUGUGGACUAUAAAUGAUUUUCCAGCGAGGAGUAGUCUUUCUGGAUGGAGUGGUCAAUGUUACACUGCUUGUCCUACUUGCAAUGUAUCAACACCAUCAGUUCGUUUGCAAAAUAAGGUUGCAUUUUACGGUCACAGACAUUUUUUACCAAUGGGACACCAAAUUAGAAAAAAGAAGAAGUUAUAUGGUUCAAUUGAGAAAAGACCACCUCCAGAGGAAUUUAGCACUGAAGCUAUUUUCACACAAAUGAAUUUUAUGCCUGAAUCUCUUCCUGGUAAGCAUGUUAGCUACGGUGGACAAAAAAGGAAACGCAUAAAAGAGCAAGUUGGUUGGCGUAAAAAAAGCAUUUUCUUUGAGCUCCCAUAUUGGGCCAAUAUGAAGUUGCGACAUAACCUAGAUGUCAUGCAUAUUGAGAAAAAUGUAUGCGACAGCUUAGUUGGCACAAUAGUCGGGUUGGAAAAUAAGACCAAAGAUACAGUUAGCGCUAGAGUAGAUUUGGAGAAGAUGAAGAUAAGGCCAGAAUUGCAUCUGAGAAUGGUAAAUGGUCGAAUGGAAAAGCCAGCAGCGAAAUACACAUUUAUUCCUGAAAAUCGGCAUAAGUUUUGUCGAUUUUUGAAAUCAGUCAAAUUCCCAGAUGGGUUUGCAUCUAAUCUAAGGAAGAAUGUGAUUGAAAAUGACAAUAAGAUUACUGGGUUGAAAUCCCACGAUUGUCAUGUCAUAUUGCAACGUCUUUUGCCAAUUGGUGUUCAUUCAUUCCUAGAAAAACCAAUUGCCAAGACCAUUAUUGACUUGUGCACUUUCUUCAAGAUUAUUUGUGCUAGAACUCUGAUUGUUUCUGAUUUGGAGAAAGUGAAAACAUCAAUUGUUGAAAUUCUUUGCGGACUAGAAAUCAUUUUUCCGCCAGCGUUUUUUGAUGUUAUGGUUCACCUAAUGAUACAUUUGCCUCAAGAAGCAAUAGAUGGAGGUCCAGGGUGGAAACAAGGUUUAAUCGUCCAGAUAGAAAUGUUGAUGCAAUUCCAUCACUAA